CCUGGACUUUGCCUCCUGGAGUACAACUGUCAUGAAUGCUCAGUAUAUAUGCACACAGACGUUCAGCAGCCAAACACACUCACACACAUACACUGUUGACCAACAACGAGCAGCAAGACGCAAUCAUGAGGAUCUUUGUGGUGCUUGCUUUAGCUGUGUUCUCUGGCUGCAAUGCCAACCUCUUCUACGCGGACGCUCCCAAGCCUCAGAUGGAGGUUCUGACCGAUGCCUUCUGGGACUACAUCGCCAAGGCCACCCAGACAGCCGACGACACCCUGCAGAUGAUGAGAAAGUCACAGUUUGGAGAGGAAGUCAACGCUCGUCUGGCGGAGAGUGCCGACAUGGCUAGCAAGUACGUGAGCAACCUGAAGGAGAAGCUUCCCACGGCAGCCCACAGCCUGAUGACCAAGAUCAGCUCCGAGGCCGAUAUCUUGAGGAACGUGCUGAGCCAGGAGCUGAGCUCUGUCAGACAGAAGCUGGAGCCCUACACCGAGGAGAUGAAAGUCCAGAUCCAGCAGAGAGUGGAGCAGCUCAAGCAGGAACUCGCCCCCUACGCCGACACCCUGGAUUCGGACGCCCUGAGAGCGAUCCUCAUGCAGAGGAGCGAGGAGUUGAAGGCCAGCCUGGAUUUGAGCGUCAGGCAGCUGCAAAACCAGCUGGGACCCUACACCGAUGACUUGAGGGAGAAGGUGGACCAGCACAUGGUCAACUUCCAAGACAGCAUCACCCCCAUGGCCAAUAACUUCCAGCAGGAGUUGAGCCAGACAGCCCAUCUGGUGCAACAAAUGGUGGCCCCCUAUGCUGAAGACCUGAAAGAAAAGCUCGACCCGCUGGCCCAGGACCUCCAGGAAAAGCUUAUGGCCCUUUACCAGUCCUUUGCCCGUGGAAUCUAAACAUCAACCAAAAGUUGGGAAUGUGGAAUCUCAUCAAAUAAAUACCCGAAUUGUACACAAUGUAAUAUUGUAUAUGUAUAUUGCUAAGCUCAAUUACUCAACUAUUUAUUGUUUGUACUGCUAUUUAAACAGUAAUAAACACAAUCCUCAUCAAACAAAAAUGUCA